AUGGGAGAAAAUCAACAAGAAUGGAAAUCACAACAGCUAAGAAAUUAUGGUUUUGAGCUGGCGCAAAUACCAAGAUACCAUUUUCAAGAUCCCAAUGUUGAUGAGCUUAUGAAGAAAAAUCAACCUGUGGUAAUAACUGAUUCAAAACUUGUCAAGUCAGCAGUGGAAAAAUGGAACCUGGAUUAUUUAGAACAAAAUUUAGGCAAAUCUGGUCACACAGUUUUUGUAUCAAAUGAUCACAGAUUUAAGUAUUUUGAUGAGAAAAAGAUAUACAACAAAAACAAUCCCAAAGGUAUAGAAUUUGAUCCUCCUACAAGACGAGUUCAAAUGAAAAUCAAUGAGUUCAUGAGAAAAAUUCGGGACUGGAAAGAAGGUGACGAAAGAUUAUAUCUUCAGCAAUCUUUGAACUCUACAGUGGGUCCUAACAUCGUAGAAGAUUAUUUAAAGUUUGAUUGGCACUUUGUUGUCCAGAAAAAGACUACACACCAUUGGGGAGAAUUGACUUCUAAUGUACUAUUUGUUUCCCAAGAAGGAAACGUCACGCCUUGUCAUUAUGAUGAACAACAGAACCUGUUUGCUCAAAUUAGUGGGUUUAAAAGGUGUAUUCUCUUUCCACCUGACCAAUUUGAGUGUCUGUACCCCCAUCCUGUUUAUCAUCCACAUGAUAGACAGAGUAUGACAACAAUGAGUGAAUCUGAAUAUUCUGGAUCAGAUUAUGUACCGAGUGAGGAAUGUGCUUCCGAUACAAGUGUUGAAAAUGAAAUUCCUGUACCUGAUGAUGAAGCAGGACCGUCUCGAGUUAUUUCAGUUUCUAAUAAUAAUGAUCAAGAAGCUCACGCCACUGAUAGUGAACAAAUACGAGGCCGAAAAAGACCACUCCAUCCGGAACUUUGGAAACGAAAGAAAAACAGCUUAGCCCGUGCUCAUGGGGGCAAAUAUGUGAAUCGUAAAGUGGUAGCUAGACAUCGACCCAGAGAAACAGUAACUUUAGGUUUGUCAAAAGAAAAAACCCUACACUUUAGUCUUAGAAUAAAUGGAGAAAACAUUAAAGUGUGUAAGAAGUACUUCACAGCGACGUUUCAAAUCAGUGAUCACCGAGUGCGUAAUACUGGCGGCAAAAGUGAAAUUUGUGGUUUACGAUCUGUAAAUGUGUUAUCACCAAAGAAUAAAGUUGACGUGUCUAAAGUAGUUGAACACAUAAACUCCAUCCCAGUACAUCAAAGCCAUUAUACGCGGACACACAAUCCAAACCGUAAGUAUUUGCAUCCCGAUCUGACUAUCAGAAAAAUGUAUAACAUGUACGUGGACAAAUGUAAUAAUGAAUGGCAGGUAACACCUGUAAAAGAAAAAAUGUAUUAUUCGGUAUUUUCCACUAAGUUCAAUUUACAUUUUAAGCAACCCUUGAAAGAUACUUGCUCAAAGCGUGAUGCUGCACAAGUUACGUUGAAUAAAGCUAUAAUAUCAGACGAAGAAAAACGAAAAGUUGAAAUUGAAAAUAAAUUACAUUUAAGGAAAGCUGAGCAAGCUCGAAGUGCCUUAAAAGUGGAUAAAGAAAAAUCAAGUUCCCAUGACUAUGUUUUUACAUUUGAUUUACAAAAGGCUCUGGCAUUUCCCAAGCUAACCACGUCUGUGGCGUAUUAUAAACGAAAUAUGUAUGUUUAUAAUCUCGGUGUGCAUCCUUAUCAUACAGGCACUCGAUACAUGUAUGUUUGGUCAGAAGUUGAUGGUUCUCGAGGAUCUCAAGAGAUAUCUGCAUGCCUGAAAAAACAUUUAGAAAAUCAUGCAAAUGACGCUCAUCAUAUUGUAAUGUAUGCAGACUCCUGUGGGGGUCAAAACCGCAACAUUAAGUUGACUCUUACACUAAUGAAGUUGCUGCAGUCAUCGAUAAUAAGAUCAGAUAUUAUAGACAUAAAAUUUGUGAUAACUGGCCAUAGUUAUUUGCCUAAUGAUGCCGACUUUGGUAUCAUUGAAAGCAAUGCCAAAAAACAUUCAGUCAUUUAUGAUGCAGAUGAUUGGUAUAGCAUAAUUAAAAACUGCCGACCUACUACCAAACAAUUCGAAGUAACAAAAAUGAAUAGGAGUGAUUUCCUGUCAACUUUACCUUUAGAGGAAGCUAUAGUGAAUCGCAAAAUAAGUAACGACAAAGUAAAAUUGAACUGGCUGAAUAUGCGAUGGAUUCGCCUAGUUAGAUCUAAACCGUCAGUCAUUUAUUUUAAAGAAACCCUAAAUGACGAUGUCCAAUUCGAUGAAAUUGACUUUGACCACCCAGAUUACACCAAAUAUCCAAAAUUUAAAAACGUCAAGGGCUGUGAAACUAUUUUAGGACCAGGAGAUGUACUGUAUAUUCCUAUUUGUUGGUGGCAUCACAUAGAAUCCUUAUUGAAUGGUGGAGCAACCAUAACUGUCAAUUUUUGGUACAAGGGCGGACCGACAAAUUUGGAGUACCCCUUGCAAGAUCACCAGAAAGUAUCCAUCAUGAGAAAUGUGGAAAAAAUGUUACUUGAAGUAUUACAGGAUCCCAACGAAGUGGGUCCUUUGUUGAGGACUAUGGUAUUAGGAAGAUACACAGACCCUUAA